AUGGAAUGUCAACAAAGUGGCAACAAUUGCAACACUGCCAAUGUUCUUAUACGUAUUGCAAACCUGGGAGAACAUGGUUCUUAUGAUGUUUCGUAUCGUCUGUCAUGCAUCGAAAAAGCGCUGGAGAUAGAAGAAAAACGCCACCGCAAGGAAUCUAAUCACCGCCAUUUGGACAGAUGUUUUGAGAGUCUCUGGUAUUUCUUGGUAACGGAAAACAGUGAAUCAAAAUGGUUGGAAUAUCUCGACAAAGCCAUGCAAAUGCUCGAAGAGAUUAACUUGGAUAGCGAUAAAUUAUAUGGCCAUGCGCACCUAACAAUUGGAAAACGUUUAGCAGAACAGUCCCCCAAUGAAGCUGAAAGACACUUGAGAACUGCAGAAGCUGUUUUAAAGAAGACCUUGAAGGAUAGUAGUCACGUCGUGCUACUUCAGAUCAAUUCUUCACUGCUAAAGAUUUUCCUACAGACAAACAGAAUCCAGGAUGGCAUCGAACUUGCCAAACAACAGCGACGCCUGAUUGAUACAAUGUUGUCUAAAUCCAGUGUUCCUAACGCUGAACAACUCUGCCAAGUUGUGUAUCUUGGCCAGUUUUAUGAAGCCAGUGGACGACGAAACACUGCAAAGGAAAUGUAUAUUGACGUAAUCGCGCGCCUGGAGGAACAGGUCGAUCCGACUGAUUCAGAAAAUGAUUAUUCAAUGCUCCUGCUGUGGAAGAUACAACAACGAGUAGGAGACAUUUACCUAACUGAUGGAAUGUUCUGUGAUGCAGAAGCCAUGUUACAGCGCAUUGCCUCUUCAGUUAAAAAGACAACUUCACAGCGACAACUUGCGGUAACAGCUCAUCAUGACAUUCUAUGGAAUCUUGCAGCGAUUUUUACGGAAACUGGAAGACACGAACAAGCUUAUGAACUGCUUGACAGUCUUAUCAACAUGUACGAGAAAGACCGCAAAUCCAUUCAUGCCCAUACAGCUUCGUGUGCUUUUCUCGUACGUGGUGAACUCAAUCGUCGACGCUUUCGUUUCAACAUUGCAUUGCAAGACCUUAAAAAAGCUUUGAAAAUAGGCGAAACGUUUCGAGGAAUGGCGAUUCAUUAUGCUUUCAAUACACAAGACAGUGAAAUUAAUUAUGCUAAAAUUAUGAACACUAUUGGAUUAAUUUAUGAGCAAAGCAACAACCUGGAACUUGCUCGCGAAUACUAUCUUUGCUGCAUAAAUACUGUGGCAGCAAUACCUCCGACCAUGGAAGCAGGAACCUUUCACCAAAAUUUGGCGGACACACUGAAAAAGUUAGGACGACUGCACGACGCCAUGGUGCAUUACAAGAAAUCAUUAGAAAUUAGAGAAAUGCUGCAUUCAGAUGAUCCGGUAAGAGAAGAUAUUGCCACCGUGCUUUACCAUAUUGCUAUCGUCCAGUAUACUCAUGAAAGACCCAAGGACGCUUCUGAAACUUUGGAAAAGCUCAUACUCUUAAGACGAGAACUUCUUAAAAAAGGUGGUUCUUUGCAGAAUUACUGUGCCGUGUUUGUUCUUAAAGGUAAUUGCCAUAUAUUUGAACCAGGCGAAGCUCAACAAGCAAAAGACGCCUACGAAGAAGCAGAGAAAGCUUUCAAAAUAAUGACGGAGGGGCAGCCAAACCUGGAUUAUGCUGGCGCAUUAAGCAGUUUGGGUGAGUCGAAUAUACAUGAUUUUUAUAAAUUUGGUAAACUCCUUUAUAAUACUGUACUUUUAAAAUUUGUGUUUAAUUACAAAUUAUGCUGUGUAAUUUGUAGCGCGAACUAAGUCCGUUUCACGCCUAAAAUAUGUGGUCAUGUUUUUGCAUGUUCACGUAUCAGAUAUAUUUAAUAAUUAAGAUGACCUUUAUGGUACCAUAUAUACCUAAUACGGUUGGGUGCACUAAAAAUGAUUUAAUUAUACCUUUCUUGAUUCUUUCUGUGUAGGAUAUGCUUGUUUAAUCUUAAAUCAGUGGGAACAAGCAUUCCCGAAACUGGAACAAGCACUUGAAAUGAAGAGAGUUAUUUAUGAAGAAAAAGAUAAACCAGAGGCUGAUGUGGCCUUAGCCUGCCGCUUUCUCGCUAGAGCGCUGUUUAAACAUCAAGAAUAUCAGAAAGCACUGCCUUACUUCCAAGAAGCGUUGGAAUAUUUUGAAGUUAACCAGUCAGCAGAUGAUGAAACGCAAUGUGUUCUUCACAUUGCGCUAUGUUACGGAGGUUUGAAGAAUCUCGUUAGUGCACUGGAAACGUUCAGAAAAGUCGAAGAGUUGUGUGUCAGAAAGUCAGUUAGCGACAGCAUACGGUUGGGUAUUCACAAAACAAUGGCAGACACCUUCACUGAGGAAGAAUACGGAGAUAGGUCUAAGGUAUUGUAUCACCUUAAAGAAGUCGAAGCUAUCUUUAAGCGAAUAAAACGAUCAGAAACGCAGGAAGAGGAACUAAUUGAAGUACAAGCAAAGAUCUUGAGCCUGGAAUUUUAA